AUGGACAUUCCUCUAACAUCUUCAUUCCCUUUCCAGCUUUCAACGUUACAUGAACGAUUCAACACAUCUGAAAAUAACACUUUUGUGAAUGUCACUAGCCAAAUGAGCUAUUACCAGUACACGGUCAUUGGCAUUAGCAUUCCUUUCGUCUUCAUUUUCUUUGUGACCUUUGUUACGUUAAUCAUCCUCAUCAUACGCUCCAAUCAUGAGAUGAAAAGGAAUCAGCGAUGGUUAUUCGCAUUGUUGAUAGCUCUCUCUUUCGCUUCUUUCAUUAAUCUCUUUUCCAGAAUUGGAGCAGAAUUGGCGUUUUUGAGCUCAUCUCCCAUUGAAGCCAUAGCCAUCAAUGAUAUGAUAAAGGCCAUUGAUCGUUGCAUUGUGGUUGCAGUAUCUCUAAUUGAAUUCCUUUUAGUAACGUUUGUCACUGAUGUUUUUCUUCAAACGACGAGAAAGAUUGGAGCCAUGUCAGAUCGCCUCUACACCAACUUACGAAGAUCAAUCAUUAGCUUUACCGUGUUGCUUGCAGUUAUCAUCGUACCCAUGUGUGUGCUUGUAUUAAUUGUAGGAGGUCUCGGAGUUGCAAAGGUAGCCAAUGGAGUUCGAGAUUAUUUAAUGAUGAUUUCAUUAAUUGUGAGUGCUUUGAGUUUUGCCAUUACUGUGAUUCUUCAAUUAAGCAUUACUUUGGUAAGUUUCAAGAAAUGGCUAUUCAGUUCUAUUCAUCGGUUGAACCCAUUCAAGUAUAUUGGCGCAUUGUUGCUGAGAUCUUUGAAGGAAGGAGAAACGAGAAUUGUUGGCACUGGAGCCAACUCAGCCCAUGAACCCAACCUUGGUUCUAACAACAAUUCCCUUUCAGAGUCGUUAAAAAUCAAACGGUUGGCGUUGAAAAAAGCACUCAUCAUUCUGGUCGGGGUCACCAUUGCCUUGGUUAUGCAAUUCGUUGGAUUUUUGUGCAUUCCUUUCGCUGUAUUGAAUCAAAUUCCUUUGCUGUUUUACUAUGUGAUUCAAUGCAUGGCCGUAUUCUCCAUGAUUGUCUUAUUUACAGUCAUUUAUCGGCCUCUUUCGCAGAUUCAGACACCAAGAGAAGAGAAGAAAACAAAAGAAUGA